AUGGAUGGCAUCCUCGCCUUGUCGCGACCAAGGGCAGCGCAAUCAUCACAACCGCGCUCGCUGACAAGAUGUCGACCACCACGACCGGUGGCAGCUCCUUCCCACGGCGCCUUGGGCAGACGCGGAGCCAAGCGGGAACAUCGAGAGAGCUCUGAAGAUUCCAGAGCUCCACGCGCUUUCCCCGCCAUUGGCCUGGGCCUCGUCAGUGUGGGUCUGGGUGUUGCUGCGAGGCGGGUACCUGCAAAGUACCGAGAAGCAAAGACCUUGCAUUGGGCGCCGCGGCAGCUUCACUGUCUGCAAGCGGCUGCGAGCAAAGAGGCGGCAGAGGUGGCUGAGUCCGAGGUGGAUGUUGUGGUCAUCGGCAGCGGCCUGGCCGGGCUCACAUGUGCAGGUGUUCUGGCAGCUGCGGGGAAGUCCGUGACAGUUCUGGAGUCACACUAUGUACCUGGUGGUGCCGCGCACACCUUUCGAAGGCGCGUCAAAGGAAUUGAAGGGGACUUUUGCUUCGACUCGGGCCCCUCCCUCUACGGAGGACUGAGUGGCGAGCGAACGUCCUCCCCUCUGAAGCACGUCUACCAGAUUGUCGGUGAAGAGCCAGAGUGGAUCACCUACGACAGGUGGAAUGCCUUCAUCCCAGAAGGUGAGGCGAAUGCCGCCAUCGGCUACGAGGAGUUUGUAACCAAGCUGCUUCCAAGAUUCGGAGGGCCAGAUGCUGCUCAGCAGUGGGAGAGGCUAAUGAAACGGAUCAUCCCGAUGGCGGAUGCAAUUUGCAACGGGCCUCCACCAUCCUUCGUGCGCGAAGACCUUGGCGUGGCCGCCACGCUGGCACGAUACCUCACCAAGUUGAAGUCGAUUCCAGGGGGCCCGCAGAAGCUGUCGGAGCCCUUCAGCCAGUUCUUAGAAGAUGCACAGGUUACCGAUCCCUUCAUCAAGAACUGGAUGGAUAUGUUUGCUUUUCUUCUUCAAGGCUUGCCAUCUUAUGGGGCCCCGACCAGUAUGAUGGCCUACAUGAUGGGAGAUAUGUACAAAAAGAACACCUGCUUGGACUUCCCGAAGGGAGGCAAUGAAGCCUUGGUGGGCGCUUUGGUUCGAGGCGUGGAGAAGCACGCAGGCCAGGUUCUUUUGAAGGCCCACGUGGAGGAGGUGCUGGUGGAAGGAGGGCGUGCGGCCGGAGUUCGAUUGAAAGACGGGCGAAUCAUCCGGGCUCAGACAAUCGUCAGCAACGCGGAUUGGCAAAUCACCAAGUCCCUGAUCAAGCCCGGUUCCGCGCCGGAACUCGAGGAGUACCUGAAGGUCACAUGGAAAGAGUAUCGUUUGUUGAAGUCCUUCAUCCACUUGCACCUCGGCUUUCGGGGUGAUGGCCUUCCGACACAACACUGCGAAGAGUUCCCAGCGCAGUGGGGCGUCUUCAACAGCUGGUCCGACUUGGAAGCGCCCCGCAACGCAGUGCUGGUCAGCUGCCCAUCAAUGUUAGAUCCGGACCUCGCACCUCCUGGGCAUCAUGUCGUCCAUGCCUACACACCGGCGACGGAACCAUGGGAAGAGUGGGCUGACCUUGACGAGAAGAGCAGCGAAUACAAGGCGAAGAAGCGGGAAGCACGCGACUUCUUGUAUUCUGCCGUAGCAAAGCAAGUACCCGAUCUGGAGGAGCGCGUGGUUCUGGAGCUGGUGGGCACCCCCCGCACGCAUCGACGAUUCUUGCGAAAGCCAGCUGGCACGUACGGACUCCGCGUGCAGGCCCCAGAGAUGCUGCCUGGGCACAAGACUCCAUUGGAAGGUUUUCACAUGUGCGGAGACAGCACAGCCCCGGGCAUUGGCGUGCCUGCCGUUGUCAUGAGCGGGCACAUCUGUGCCAACAAUAUCCUGUCCGUGCCGGAGCACUGGCAGAUUCUUGACAGGAUCAAGGAUUGGACCACAGAGCUGGAAAUCUGA